AUGGCAAACUACAAUCCUUUCGCACGCCGUGAGACUCAUAAUGCUCACGCGUUGAAUGUCUAUCGAGUCUUUGUACCUGUUACGUGGGCGCUGGUCGUCAUAGUUGGAAUUUACUACUCCAUCCACUCGCCGGAUGAUACGAAGGGCAGUAAGAAGAUCUGGAAGCAGGUCAAGAGACAUGCUACGCCUUUUACACAGAACAAGACUGUGACUGAGAUCUAUUGGGUACUCCUGCUGCUCUCACAGCUAAGCUAUGUGUGGCACCUCUUCCACAAGGACGCUGCCCUGGUAGCAGCUGCCGCUAAUGUAGCCACCCACUUCAUCCUGAACAACUUGUUCACCCUGGCAUGGAUCCUGCUCUGGACUCGGAACCACUUCUGGGGCGCCGAGAUUAUCUUGAUGGCCCACUUCAUCAACCAGAGUACCGCGUACUGGCGUCACCGGAAUCUUCCUGAUUUUGUGCACCUCCCCGCUGUCGCAGGUCCGUAUGCAUGGACAUUGUUCGCAUUGUUCUGGAAUGGAGCUGUCGCCGUUCACAGCCAUAACCUGCCUGGCCGUAUUGUGGCCAAUAUCUUUAUCUGGGUGAUCCUGUUCGUGGGUUUGUUCAGUAUUUUGCUGCGUCAGGAUCAUAUUCUGGGCUACUGCCUCAGCUUCCUCAGCUUGUCGCUGGCGGUCCAGCAAUUUUCUAUCAAGAUCAUUGCCUUGCAAUGGAUUUUUGCCUUUGUUAUCUUCGGCGUCUUCUUGGUGGUGUCAUUAUAUAUCUCGACUACCAAGUAUACCGGACGCGACUCGCUCUUCCGUCGUGUCGUGCACCCCGAGAGCACCGAUCGGGAAAGACAACCAUUGCUCAAUGAUGAUAUCUAA